AUGCAUCGUUCGCGCUCUGCUGUGAGCCUUGCUUGUAAAUCAUCAUCACUCUCAAGCCUUCUCAGCAAGUGGAUCCAAGCUGAUCUUAAGAGAGGCUCGGAAAUAGGUUGUUCUCAUGAAUUACAUGGUAUACACAUUGUACAUUCUCUCGGAAUAAUAUGCAAUCAUCACAGAAAUUAUGGUUCCGUUGCAGCCCCUAAAUUGUCAGAAGAUGUAAAACUUGGAACAUUUAUGCCAGAAACCUAUACGAAAUUUGAGAGCAUGCUUUCAUCAUACCAAACAAAGCUCAAAGAGGAAUUACCACUCGAACAGUACGUGGAAACAUCGACAUGGCUUUCAGAUUUCUUGAAAAAAAGUAAGGACGAUGAAGAAUAUGAUGUGAAAUUUGUGGAAAUUUUGAGGAAAAUUAUGCUACUCAAAGAAAGGAACGACUACUUUGCAAUUGACAAGGUGUUUCACACUCAAUUUCUUCCAAUUUUUAACGAGAACAAGCGAAAAAUAUUGGAAAAGAUGAAAUAUGAAAGGGAAAACAGGAUGAAGGAUAUGGGUGAACUUCCAAGAAUUCACUAUGUCAUCUUUAACGAAUAUCUUAACGCCCUUGCCAAAAGUCAUCAAAAAAGAAAAAUCAUGGUAACUUUGCAGAGAAUGGAGAAGAUUCAUCCCUUCCUUCCAACAGCCAUGCAUGUUACAACAGCGCUACAUGGCUUGAUUGACGAUCCCUCAAAAACAAUUGAAGCUAAAAUGUUACUUGAACGUUACAGGAAUAGGUUUAGCCAUGAGACUAGACGUUAUGUUCAGGCUUGCCUUUAUGUACUGAAUGGAUUAGAUCAAAGUGGUUCAUUUAAUGAGGCUAUUGAGUUUAUUGAACAAAACAAUAUUAUUGAAUUGGUUGAAAAAACUCAUAACGGUGUUCUCCUAGCAAAAAUUCUCAGGAUUGCUACAAAUCAAAAGAACCUACCAAUGGUCGAGUCUUUAAUUAAGAAAUUUUUGAGCAAAAUAGAUGAUCCAGAUUUCCCUUAUUUUUCAAAGACAAAAGACAAAUUAAUUACAGCAUUGAUUGGUUAUUAUACAGUUAUAGGAAAUGAAGAACAAGUACAGCGCUGCAUGAGCAAGUUACGCAACUUGGAUAGCAAAUUUUACCUGGCAGUUCUAAAACAAUUAUACUUGAAUGGUAAACCUUACGAAACACUAUUGGAAUUUGUCAAGCAAAUACCAUCACAUUUGAGAAACGAUUAUCAUUUUGGAUAUUUAAUUCGAGUAUGUGCAGACCAAAAUGAAUUCGAGAAAGCACGAGAGCUAUUCCGCAAAGCACCUAGAUCAGAGACCUCCUUCAAUUUAUAUUCUCAAAUGCUAAGAGCAUUAUAUUUAGAAAACAAAGGAAAAGAGAGUGCAAUGGAAGCUAUUUCAAUCUAUGAAGAAAUGCUUUCACAACAACAAGCCAAGAAAACGUCAAGAUCACUCCAUAACGGCGAAGCGUCCUUAUUUAUGAUGAAAAUUUUGGAACAAGCAGGGUUCUACUCUCAACUGGAGUCCUUUUUCGAUUCGUUACACACACCUGGCGUUCCGCAUUGGUUAUUCAUGGCGAGAUAUUACGUAAAACAAGGAAAUCUGGAAAAAUUGCAACAAGCAAAGGCUGCAAUCAAGACCAUCCGCCCUCUUCCUGAACAUUACAUUGCAAACUAA